AUGGACCUCAAGAAAGAUGGCAGGGCACGUGGAAUGGGCUGUGUGUUCUGCAAGAAGUUGGAGCCGGGGCCCAAGGAGGAUGGUGGCCUGGAAGAGGACUUCAGGGGCUACGGGGCUGCAGACCGCUGUGGCCCUGCCCCUACUCAGGGCCGGCCUGCAUCCUCCUUCACCCAUAUCCCCAACUACAACAACUUCUCCCCUCAGACCGCCAGCCCCGCCUUCCUCAAUGGGGGCACCAUCAGGGGCAUCUCAGGGACUGGGGUGACCCUGUUCAUCGCCCUUUAUGACUAUGAGGCCCGAACAGAGGAUGACCUCACCUUCGCCAAGGGCGAGAAGUUCCACAUCCUGAACAACAUCGAGGGUGACUGGUGGGAGGCUCGGUCCCUCAGCUCUGGACAAACUGGCUACAUUCCCAGCAACUACGUGGCCCCUGUGGACUCCAUCCAGGCUGAAGAGUGGUACUUUGGAAAGAUCGGGAGGAAGGAAGCAGAGAGGCAGCUGCUCUCCCCGGGGAACUCCCGGGGGGCCUUUCUCAUUCGAGAGAGCGAGACCACCAAAGGCGCCUACUCCCUGUCCAUCCGGGAUUGGGACCAGGCCAGAGGCGAUCACGUGAAGCAUUACAAGAUCCGCAAGCUGGACACAGGUGGCUUCUACAUCACCACGAGGGCUCAGUUCGACUCGGUACAGGAGCUGGUGCAGCACUACCUUGAGGUGAACGAUGGGCUGUGCCACCUGCUCACGGCGGCCUGCACCACCGUGAAGCCGCAGACGCUGGGCCUGUCCAAGGACGCCUGGGAGAUCAGCCGCAGCUCCAUCGCGCUCGAGCGGCGGCUGGGUACCGGCUGCUUCGGGGAUGUGUGGCUGGGCAUGUGGAACGGCAGCACGAAGGUGGCGGUGAAGACGCUGAAGCCGGGCACCAUGUCCCCGAAGGCCUUCCUGGCGGAGGCGCAGAUCAUGAAGCUGCUGCGCCAUGACAAGCUGGUGCAGCUGUACGCAGUGGUGUCGGAGGAGCCCAUCUACAUCGUGACAGAAUUCCUGUGCCACGGUAGCUUGCUGGAGUUCCUCAAGGACCGGGAGGGCCGGGAUUUGAGGCUGCCCCAAUUGGUGGACAUGGCAGCCCAGGUAGCUGAGGGCAUGGCCUACAUGGAGCGCAUGAACUACAUCCACCGAGACCUGAGGGCAGCCAACAUCCUUGUGGGGGAGCGGCUGCUGUGCAAGAUUGCCGACUUUGGGCUGGCCCGUCUCAUCGAGGAUGAUGAAUACAACCCCCAGCAAGGGACCAAGUUCCCCAUCAAGUGGACAGCCCCAGAGGCUGCCCUCUUUGGCAGAUUCACCAUCAAGUCAGAUGUGUGGUCCUUUGGGAUCCUGCUCACUGAACUCAUCACCAAGGGCCGAGUCCCCUACCCAGGCAUGAAUAAACGGGAAGUGCUGGAACAGGUGGAGCAUGGCUACCACAUGCCGUGCCCCCCAGGCUGCCCAGGAUCCCUGUACGAGGUCAUGGAACAGACCUGGCGUCUGGACCCGGAGGAGAGACCUACCUUCGAGUACCUGCAGUCCUUCCUGGAGGACUACUUCACCUCCACAGAACCCCAGUACCAGCCUGGGGAUGAGACAUAG